AUGAAGAGCGCGAGUCAGCGCAGCAACGUCUCACUCGAGGACCAGGCUCCCGCGGAUGUCACCGAGAGUUCGCCCGCGCCGAAGCCAUCGGCGUACCGAGACAAGCUCGAGGAGCAGCUCGGCGCCAUGAACCACUCCCCGUCGCCGUCGCCCAUCGUCGCGGCGCCACCCGUCGCGGCGGCCGAGCCCUCCGUUGACGACUCCAUGCUCGCGGCGGUGAGCACGAACGCGACGUACGCCGCCCAGGCCGAUCGCGCGGUUAACGACGACCUCGCGCGAGAGCACGCGCAGCUCCUCGACAACCUGGAGCGCGAGCGUUCGGAGUGGGCGUCGAGGGAGAUGGAGCUUCGCGCGCAGGCUGACGACGCCAGGCGCGAGCUCAACGCCGCGCGCGCGGAGGCGGCGGAGGCGAGCGCACAGCUGGAGGCGGCCAACUCGAAGGUGGCCGCCGCGAGGCUCAUGGCGGAAUCCGAAGCGAAGGCGAUGGCCGAGGCUGAGCGACACAAGGCGGACGUGGCCAAACUGGAAGCGGCCAAAGCCGAAGCCGACGCCGAGGUGGCGCGAAAGGUGGACGAACUCAAGCUCGCCAAAGAGGACAUCGCGGCGUAUCUCGCCAAGAACGAGGAGCUCAGCGCCAAGGUGAGCAAGGCUGUCAAGAAGGGGAAGGGUAUCGAGGUUGAGAAGAAACAGCUCGAGGUGACCGUCGCCGAGCUCCGAACCCAGCUCGAACAGGCUGGAUCCGCGUACGCGGCUGAGCUGGUGCAGGCGACGGGCAGCGCGGAGAACGCCGCUACGGCCGCGAAGGAAGAGGCGCAAGAUGCCCAUCGACGGCUAGCGGACGCGUCCUCGGCGCUCGAGGCUGCCAACGCCGCCAGGGCGGAUGCGGAGGCGAAGGUGUCCGCCCUGGCCGAGAGCCUCGCCGCAGCCGAGUCCGCCGCCGCCUCCAACGAAGCCGCCGUCGCCGAGGCCAACGCCAAGGCUGCCGCGCUCGAAGCCGCCGUCGCCGAGGCCAACGCCAAAGCCGAACGCGCCGAACAGGCGAGAGCCGAGGCGAUGUCGGGGAUGAACGAGAACGCGUCGGCGAUGGCGGCGGAGCUCGAAGCCGCGAGAGCGGCGCACGCGGCGGUCCAGAACGAGGCUCUCGCAUCCGCCGCGAAGCUCGCCGACGCGGAGGAAAAGCUCAGGGAAUCCCAGGCGAUGACCGAGGCGGCGAUGAAGGAAACCGACGCGCUGAACGCGGAGCUCGACUCCAUGAAGAAGGAGACCGACGCGCUGAACGCGGCGCUCGACUCCGCGAAGGCCGGCGGCGACGAGGCCCGGCGCGAGCUCGAGGAUAAGCUGCGCGCCGCCGCGGCGGAUGCGGACGCGGCGCUGUCGGAGCUCGAGAAGGCCAGGGGUGACGCGGCGGCGGCGGCGGCUGAACGCGACGAGGCUAAGGCGGCGUUGGGCGUCGCCGAGACGAUGGCGACCAACGCGGACGCGCGUUCCGACAACCUCAACUCGCUGCUGCAGGACGCGGCCGCCAAGAAGGAGGCUGCCGAGACGGAACUCGUGGAACUCAAAGCCAAGCUCGAGGAGGCUGUCGCGAACUUAUCCGCCGCGGAGGAGGCCAAGGCGACUGCCCUCGCGGACAUGAACGACGGGUCGCGAGCCCUCGCGGCGGAGCUCGAGAACGUACGCGAAAAGCUCCAGGCGGCGACGCAGACGUCGGAGUCAGCCAAGGCUGAGCUCGACGCCAAGGCCAAGGAGAUUGCGGACAUCGUGAAGGAUGCGGAGGAUCUCGCGCGCGACGUCGCCAAGGCUGAGCGCGCCGCGGCGGAAGAUAAGGAACGCAUCGCCGCGCUCGAAGCCGCCGUCGCCGACGCCGACGCCAGGGCGGACGCGGCGGACGCGGCGAGGGCGGAGGCUGAGAGCGCGAGGCUGGAUCGAUCGGUCGAAUUGAACGAGGGUAACGCGCGACUCGAAGCCGAGCUCGAAGCCGCUAGAGCCGACGCGGAGGCGGCCAAGGGUGAGCUGGAGAAGGCUUUGGCCGACGCGACGGAGGCGAGGUCCGCGUGCGAGAAGACGUCCGAAAAGCUCACCAAGGCUGUGAAGAAGGGCAAGGGGAUAGAGGCUGAAAAGAAGCAGCUCGAGCUUACGCUGGAGGAGACGAAACGCGCGUUGGAGGAGGCUCAACGAGCGGCGGCGGCGGCCGUGGCUGAGGCCGAGGCUGGCGCGGCCGGUACCGCGGACGAGGUGGCCAAGACCGCCGCCGCGCUCGCGGAGACCGAGCGCAGGGAGUACGAGGCUGCCGCCAAGGCUGCCGCGCUCGAAGCCGCCGUCGCCGAGGCCGACGCCAAGGCUGCCGCGCUCGAAGCCGCCGUCGCCGAGGCCAACGCCAAAGCCGAACGCGCCGAACAGGCGAGAGCCGAGGCGAUGUCGGGGAUGAACGAGAACGCGUCGGCGAUGGCGGCGGAGCUCGAAGCCGCGAGGACCGACCUCGCGCGGGUCACCGGCGAGCUCCAAACCGCCGCGUCGGAGAAGGACGCCGCGGCCAAAUCCUCGGAAGACGCCUCCGCCAAGCUGAAGAAGGCGCUGGCGAAGCUGAAGAAGAUCGAGGCUGCGCAGAAGGAGGCCGAGUCCAUGGCGGAGGAAGCCGCCGCCGCUCUCGACGCGGCGGAUCAGCGCGCCGCCGCCGCCGAAGCCGAGGCUGCCGAGCUCAAAUCGGGCACCGCCGCCGCGAGCGAGACGGCGGCGAAACUCGCGGAGGCUGAGCGACGGAUCCAGUCCCUCGUGGACCUCGUCGAGGGCGCGAGGAUGGAGACGGAGCGGGUCACGGAUGAAUCCUCCAAGCUAACCGCGUUGGCCGAGUCCCUCCAGGCGAAACUUCACGACGCCGAGGCUGCGCUCCGUGCCGCCGAAGCCAACGCCCACGCGCUGGGCUCCGCGUCCGACGCCGCCGCACGCGACGCCGCCGAACGCGCCGACCGCGCCGAGGCUGCCCUCGCCGCCGCGGAGGCUCGAGCCGCGGAGGCUGAGCGAUUGUUGGCGGAGGCUGAGAGCGAAGCCGAAUCACUCGCGGCGAAAGUAGACGAAGCUGACUCGGCGCAAACGCGGCUUGCGGGCGUGGUUGCCGAGCUGGACGCCGCGCGACAGGAGGCGGCGAAGCUGGCGGGUGCCGUCGCGAAGGCUAGGGAGGAAGCCGCGCGGGACGCACGCGCGUCGGCCGCCGCCGAGAGCGAAUCGCAUCUCGCGACGCGAAUGAGGGAGCUCGACGAUUUAAGGGCCGAGUCCGCCGCGCUCCGGGAGGAACUCGCGCGCACUCAGCAGGCGAGGGACGCCGCGCUGGCCGACGCGCGCGCGCACGCGUCGUCGUCCCCCGGGGCAGCAGGCGAGGUGACGCUGACCAUUGGUCACGGUAAGAAGGACGAAGACGGGGAGAUGGACAUCGAGGGCGCGAUUAUGACGGGGGGCGACCAGAACUUCAGGCCGCUGCUGGGCCGCGUCAAGGCGCUCUCUUGGGCGCCCGCGCGCGAGAACAAGCACUUCCAGACGGUCGCGGGGCAGCUGGAUAAGAUGUCGGUGUACCUCCAGCGUCGUCCGCUGCUGAGGUUGGGUCUGCUGCUCUACAUCAUACUGGUCCACCUGAUGUGGCUCCUGCCCGCGCCUCAGGGGAACGUUGCGCUCGGCGCGAAAGCGAAGGCGGCGCUCAGCGCGCACAUCGAAGCCUUCGAGGAGCGCCUGAGCGAGGACGACUCCCCCGGCAUCCGCGAGAUGCUCAUCGACGACGCGAGGGUCGUCUACGACGCCGAGCUCAAGGCGUGCGGCGAGGAGAGCGAGGACGCGUUCCUCCUGUACCUGCUCCGUCCCGUACGUUUUAAGAAGGACGACGACAAGUUUGUCAAGUUCAGCGACGACACCGAGUGGUUCGACCCCGUCGUUGAUUUCUACGACGACGCGUCCUACGAGAUCCUGUGCCACGAACCCCUCUCCGCCGCCGCGUUCAAGACGUUCGCCGCGCACGUCAGCACAUACCCCGGGUGCGCCGCUAAGCAGACGGCGGACGUGAAAAGAAAGUUCAAGGGUGCCAAAGUCGCCGUGUCCCGCGAGGGCUCCGCAGCGUCGCGAGCGAGCACGCGCUGGAAGUUAACGCCGGACCAGGCCGCGGCUAAGACGUUCUACGACACGCGCGUAGAUGACGUCGGUGUCCCGCCCGCCGGUGAGCACAACGGCGUCGGGAUGCCCGCGCCAAUCUCCAGGAGGCGACCCACCGCGUUGGAGCGAGUUUUGGGUCCCGAGACGACGGAGAAGACUCCCGAGCGCAACUUGGGCUUCCAGUACGACUACGACGAGACCCCGCCAGGCUCGGACGACAUGUUCGCGCCCCCGCCGAAGGACAUCGACUGGCAGGACAGAGGUUAUUACAUAUGGCGAGCCGGCGCUGCUGGCGGGAAACAGAGGAAAACAUCGUCACGUCCGCGCUCCUCCUCCGACGACGAGGCCACCGCGUCGGCGUCCUCCAGCAUCGACGCGCUGGACAAGCUCCUCGGAUCCAUGGAUGAGGCGGAUCUCCCUCCAUCCGCCAGGCCGUCCGCGCGCGAGGACCCGUUCGCCGACUACGCGCCCCCCACCGCACCGGCAGACGACUCCGCGGAGGAGCGCGCGAGAUCCGGAAAGGGCGCCUCGGGAUCCGGAUCGUUCGGGGGCAGGCGGGUGAACAGCGACAGGACGGAGCUCGACGACUUCCUGGACGUCGGCAUGCGCUUCGAGGGGCUCUGGACCCUUCUGCGCGCCAUCAGCAAGGGCUCGGUGCUCAACACCGAUCUCGGAAACGUCGAAGUCGGCGAGCUCGUCGUGGUGGGCACUGACAAACCCAGCCUGCAGCUGUGGGAGGCUCAGGCCUACGAGCUGACGCGCGUGUACUACCAGCGAACCACCGACGAACUCGGCACGAGGCGCGUGGACGUGGAUUCGUUGGGGGAAUCGCCCCCACAGCGGAUGUACGCGUACGAGGAGGAGGCGCUCGGGAAGGACGGAGGCGGCGGCGAUUGGGUUUUGUACUGCGAGUUGUUCUCGGAGGAGUACCACUCGUCGCCGGUGCGGGUGAGACCGGAGGAGGUCGGACUGAGGACGGUCGGCGCGGAGAUCGGGGAGGCGCUGUUCAUCGCCGUGCCCGUGGCGUUUUUCUGGGCCGCGGUGAGCGCCAGCUUCGUGGUGACGUCCCUAGGCAGGUGA